AUGAAGAAAAUUUAAAAUCAAUUAAAAAAUAUAGACUUUUUCAGUGUUACAUACACCCCUGCUAUAUCAGAUGGACUAAACUAUAAUCAUUCUAGCAUAAUUGGAGGGAUUAUCUCCUUAAUUAUUGGUGCUCUAAGCUUAGUCUAUUGUAUUUACUAUUUGUAUCUCUGGUGGGAUUAUUAGUUAUUACCAAAGGUUACUGAGGAUAUAAAUAAUUUUUCUGAAGAUAUUGAUUUUGGCUUUAUAACUAAUAGAAUGAAAGUAAUUGCAUAUGAUAAAAAUGGAUUAUCUACAAUCAAUCCAUUUAAAAGUGAUGAAAUCAUCUUAAUGCCAUUAAUUAUGGAUCUUGAUGUUGGAAACCUAGAACCCUUGAUUAGCAAUAUUACAGAUGAAUAACUACUUGAUAUAAACAUUCUUAUGGGAAAAGAUAAAUAAUAUAUAAUAAUUUUCACUCUUUGUAAAGAAGAUUAUUUGAUUGGAAAUUAUAAAUGUGCCUCUCAAGAUGCCUAAACAAGAUACUUUAAUUAAUCUGGCAAUAUGUUAUAUACCAAUAUAGAAUUUACUACUAUAAAUCCAUCAACAUUUGAACCUUAACAAUUUGAUCGAACCUACCCUAUUUAUAUUCAUACUGGUGCAGAAUUAUGCUCUUAAAUUACUUUACAUUACUAAUUGAAUCAUUACUUAAUAGAUAAAGCCUUUUUAUUUUCCUCUAACAUACAAGAACAAAAUUAUAUAUCAAACUCUCUUAAUUAUCCAUAAUUUGGCACGAAAAGCUAUUGUGAUAAAACCUUUCUACAAGAUACAUAUGGAAUCUAUUGGAUUUUAUUUUAAUAGUAGUAUCGCACUGUUUAAAUUGGAUAUCCAUCAAUAAGUGAAGUAUUUGCAGCGAUUGGGUCUAUAAUUAGUAUCUUAUUUUCUGUUAAAUAUAUAAUAACGAUAUUAAAUUUGUCUUAAAUGAGAUAAUCUGUAUUAGAUGAUAUAAUGAGACAAUAUUAUCCUGAAAUUAGAUAAUUUCACAUCAGUAAAAAUUUUUGGGGAAAAAUUAAAUAAGUUAAAUUUGAUGGUAUUUAAGUAGAAUUACCAAGUUAUAUAGCGUUUUAAAAAUAAAUUCAUUCUCAAAUGGCAUGUAAACUGAAUUAUAAAAAUUUAUUGUAUGAGAUAUCACGGUUUUAAUUUAUUAUUAUGUCAAUGAAAAGAAGAAAAGAGAUCGAAAAAGUACAUAAUGUAGGAAUUAAAGUUCCCAUGGAAUUAUCAGAUUCAGGAGAAUCUUAUGUAAUAUCAGAGGGUCUAUAAAAUCAGUAGAAAACACUUAAUUUAAGGCAUAUGAAUACAAUCAAAACCAAAUAUGACAUUUUAACAAUUAAUGAUGCACUGAUAUUGAGUUAGGAAUUUAAAAAACUUUAAUAAUAACCAGAAACUUAAAAUGGUUAAACAACUCGUAAUGUUGAUAAUUGUAAUGAGAAUGAAGAGAUAGAAAGAGAAUAAGAUUUCUAUGAUGUAAAUUUUGUGAGAUAGCAAAACUCACCCAAAAGUAGAAAAAAAAUUGAUUUUUGA